CCUCCCCAGGACGGACAACACUGAUCUGCUGAGGGCACUGGGCAGGUAGAAUCCUGUCCCUGUGUGAGGUGAGGCUUGGUUGCCAGGUGAUUGUCCCAGGGCAGUCCCUCACUGUUGGGCUCACUCAGCUGUAGUCACCCUGUGGCUGCUCCUUCCUUUGCCACCAUGGCCAGGCAGCUCAACAUGGACACGAUGCUGCAAAACUUCUGGAAAGAGGAAUAUCUAAAGGAGAAGAUGCUGCGCUGUGAAUGGCUCCACAAAUACGGGUCACUGGUGAAGGCCAAGCAGAAGGCUAAGGCUGCGGCCCACCUGCCCCUCAAACUGCCCACCUUGCAGCCCAAGGCCCCAGUUAUGCCACGGCCUGUCCCCAAAGCAGCCCCUUCCAAAGCCCCUAGCCCUGUUCCUGAGGUUUCCUCUCAGUCAGAAAUGUACCCGGUACCACCCGCUACCCGGGCCCUGCUGUAUGAAGGCAUCUCUCACGACUUCCAGGGUCGCUACUGCUAUCUCAACACCCGGAAACUGGACCUGCCAGAGACUCGUUACCUCUUCCCCAUUACCACCAACUUCACAUAUGGCUGGCAGCUGGGCCCUGCAGCAAAGCAAGAACUGGUCUCCUGCAAGAUGUGCCGCAUUGAGUCCUUCUUCCGCAAGAAUGGGGCCUUUGCACUACUAGACCCCCGAGACCUGGCCCUCUGACCCUGGGUCGGGCCCAUGGCUGAGAGGAGGAAUGAGGAAAUACAGGCCUCCGGGAGGAACAAAGUGUACUGUGUCUUGCCGUGCCCAGUUGCCCGGCUCUUGAGUCUUCACCACCUCGCAGCUGGAGGUCACCUUAUCGUCACACCCUACAUUAACC